CUGGUAUAUAAAAAUGCGGUGUCCUCUCGUUCCCGAGUGUGCUCUCGACUCUCAUGACAUUAUUCGCCUGAGUUCUUGUGCUGUUGUGGUGAGGGCGUUCUUGGGCAGCUCACGAACCCAUUGGUUCAGGACAACGCCAGAAGAGACGGCUCUACAUGAUUUUAUGGUCACACACACACACACCUCAAACGCCGACUGAGAACAUUCGGACAGACGAUAGGAAAGAUGAUGAAUACUUGUGAUUACGGCGAAGAAUAUUCUCCGCCUGGUCUUGACGUCACUGACCAAUGCUGUGACCUACUAGAGGCGGCUCGUGAAUGCCUGUGCAGAGGCCAAGUAGACAAUGCAAUUGCUUACAUCAAAAUAUUCCGCGACGAUGGUGACUACCUCCUCAUCGCCCUGGAGAGCAUAUGUGCACAUCUAGAAGACGCUACCGAGACGCGGGUGGAACUGUUGAAAGGUUUGAAUGAUGAGAAGAAACUGUUGAAAGAAGACGAGCUGAUGUAUCAGGAGACUAACUCAGAGUACCUGGAUGCUAUGAAGGAUGCGAAAUGGCAGAAGGAUCAUUUGCAGUGGCUUAAACACGAGGCUGAUCAGAAGCACUGCAAGGCGGAGCGAGCCUUCGAGGAAAACAAGAUCGAGAGAGAGGCAGUUCGUGUUUGGUAUUUCAUCCCAAUCGUCGGGUGGAUUGCUUGGGGAGUGAAGAACCGCUCUUGCGACGCCAAAAUGGCAAAGGAAAAAGAGGUGAUGGAUGAAGCCAGAGAGCAGACGACAAACGCUGAGGCGUCACGUGAUGUUUUGGACGCCUUGUUGGAAGAAGACGAAAGAAAGCUACGCGAUGCCAAGGAAAAACUGCGAAAGUGUGAACUAAAAAUUGCGGAGCAUCAUCAACUGACUGGUGAUUUGAAGAAGGCUUUCAGCGUGGCUCUACGCGCUAAGAUAGCUGUGGAAGGGAUCAUACACUUGACUGAAAACGCUUGUGGUAAUGUUGAGGAGCUGGAACAGAUUCUUGAUAUCUGCCUGACCAGGCCCGCACUCGGAAAAUCUGGCGGGACAGCACUAAAGUUCGAGCACACAGCAAUGAGCUGGAAUGAAGUUAAGGACAUGAUCAGAGCUAAUGGAAGACUGUUGAACCACCCUACCUUGUCUAUUAAAAUAUAGGGGCACACGUCAGUACUGACUGCUUUCAAUAGGUGCCAGAAUUGUCAGAUUAAUUGUCAAUGUUCAUUGCAAGAAGACCAGUUUGUACAAGAGAAAUUUUGCAGUUUUUAUUGAUACUAGUACACUUAUAUACAUUAACAGAGUGUAACAUUAAAGUGAUACUAUGAUGUGAUUUACAA